AUGAAAGGUAAAGUACCAGCUUGGCUGAUCAAGUUGAAGAGCUUAGAACUCAUGGACUUGUCUCAAAACCGACUCGUCGGGUCUGUUCCUGGUUGGUUGGGAACUCUUCCCAACCUUUUCUACAUUGAUCUCUCUGACAAUUUACUUACAGGAGAGCUGCCAAAGGAGUUUUUUCACCUCAAGGCUCUCAUGUCCCAAAAGACCUACGAGGAAACAGAAAAGAACUAUCUACAGCUGCCUCUUUUUGUCAAACCCAAUAACCUUACCGCUAAUCUGCAAUACAAUAACCUGUACUACGUCCCACCUGCCAUCUUCAUCAGAAGGAAUAAUCUAACCGGGAGUAUACCUGUCGAGGUUGGCCAGUUAAAGGCUCUUCAAAUCUUGGAGCUUCUUGGCAACAUUUUCUCUGGCAGGAUCCCAGACGAACUGUCAAACCUCACAAACCUAGAGAGGCUCGACCUGUCCAACAAUAAUCUAUCUGGUAGAAUCCCUUCAUCAUUGAGGCAACUCCAUUUCCUGUCCUAUUUCAACGUGGCGAACAAUACUCUGGAAGGGCCAAUACCAACAGGAAGUCAGUUUGAUACUUUUCCAAAAUCUUAUUUUGAAGGAAACCCUUUGUUGUGCGGUGGUGUGCUAGAGACUUCAUGCACAGCUCCAAGUCCGGAGCCUGCAGAAGAUGAUGAGUUCAGGAAAACACUUGUGAUUGGGAUUGCCAUUGGAUACCUUAUUGGCUUUAGCUCGGUUAUAUUAGUGUGUGCAAGGCAAUAA